UGCGCCCUGGUCACCCUGUGAUCAUACAGCGCCUCUUGGACACGGAGGUCAACAGCAGAAGCAGCAGCAGCAGAGGUAGGGUGUUAAUGGUGGGCUGCGCGUCAGUGAGGAGGAGAGAUGAGAAGAGUGAAUCCAUCCGUAAGGAAAGUCAUAGUGUCAACACCAUUUACCCGUGCAUUGAGGCUGCUAUGGUCGUCUACAUCUGGAGUUUGAACAUUAGCAAUAAAGACAUUCCUGCGCUCAAUCAAAGUGCAAAUGUCAGUUCAGGAGACCCCCUAGAGCCCCACGACAUCCCACCUGGCCUGAGUCGGACUGGCCACACGGUGACAGCCGUCUGCCUUGGAAUCAUUCUGGUGUUUGGAUGCCUGAACAACCUCUUCGUCCUGCUCAUCUUUGCGAGGUUUCGCUCACUGUGGACACCUAUAAACCUCAUUCUGCUGAACAUCAGCGUGAGUGACAUACUGGUUUGUUUAUUUGGAACUCCCUUCAGUUUCGCUUCCAGUCUCUAUGGGAAAUGGCUGUUGGGACAUCAUGGCUGCAAAUGGUACGGUUUCGCCAAUUCGCUUUUUGGAAUUGUGUCUCUGAUGUCUCUGUCCAUACUGUCAUACGAGCGUUAUGCCGCCCUACUGCGCCCCACCAAGGCAGACGUGUCUGACUUCCGUAGGGCCUGGCUCUGUGUGGCAGGAUCCUGGCUCUAUUCACUGGUAUGGACUCUCCCACCAUUCCUGGGCUGGAGUAGCUAUGGACCCGAAGGACCCGGGACUACAUGCUCGGUGCAGUGGCACCUGCGCUCAACCAACAGCAUGUCAUACGUGAUGUGCCUGUUCAUCUUCUGUCUGCUUUUACCCCUGAUGCUCAUGAUCUUCUGCUAUGGCAAAAUCCUGUUCAUUAUCAAAGGGGUAACUAAAAUCAACCUGCUGACCGCACAGAGGAGAGAGAACCACAUUCUUCUAAUGGUUGUCACCAUGGUAUCCUGCUAUCUGCUGUGCUGGAUGCCCUAUGGGGUGGUAGCCCUGCUGGCCGCAUUUGGCAGGAGGGGACUGAUCACUCCCGUAACCAGUGUGGUGCCAUCAGUCCUGGCCAAGAGCAGCACUGUGGUCAACCCGGUAAUCUAUGUGCUUUUCAACAACCAGUUCUACAGGUGUUUCUUAGCAUUUCUGAAAUGUCAAGAAGAACCAUCUAUUCACGGUCAGAACCCUCAGCACAGCAGCAAAGAAGAUCCUCAUGCUCUCAGGCCCUGUGAUGGGCCCUCAUUGCAUCGUAACAUCAAGGGCCCCCAGAAUAAAGAGCAGCAUACUCUGUCCUUGGUGGUUCACUACACACCCUGACACUCUCAAGGACUUCUCAUGCUCUGUACAGGUCAGCGUUCAUAAUGUGCCAGGAUGGAAAGCUGACAGUGUGAUGAUGGUUUCAUGGGACCAGUACAUCAGAAUCCCUGAGUAGAACCAAACCAGAUUCACAUUUAUUUCUUUGUGUGCUUGUUUUUUAAUGAGCUCCAUGCAUUGAAAGUACUCUAUGCUUGAAGUUAAAGGUGCCCUAGAACUUUUUUUUUAAAAGAUGUAAUAUAAGUCUAAGGUGUCCCCUGAAUGUGUCUGUGAAGUUUCAGCUCAAAAUACCCCAUAGAUUUUUUUUAAUACAUUUUUUUAU